GUUCACUUCUGGGGAGGGACUGGUUCAAGUCAGGCAGAACAGUUUACUGUGGAACUGAAAGUGAUAGAUGAAGUCAACCUGAACAGAGGAGGAGGAGGAGGAGGAGAGCACCUGUUAUGGUAAUGAACGGGUCGCUGCCCUCAAGCUCUCUCACACAUUAUAUAUCGACGAGGACCGAGGGUCAUCAGAGAGCAGCAGCAGGAGGUGACUGUUCCACGGUUGGUUAUUGGUGUGCAGAGUCUCGUAGUUUGGUCCUGUACGUCAGAAGAGACACAAGGAUGAAGAUGAUCUGCAGCAUCCUGCUGCUCCUCAGUCUGACCUCCUGUGUCUCUGGAGCAUUUGUAGUGAAUGUGACACAGACCUCCUAUCAGGCAGAGGAGAACCACAACAUCACACUGGAGUGGAUGUUCACAACCAGAACCAACAGUUCCUCCAACUCACUUUAUAUCUACUGUGAACUGUUAGCUGAGCUCAGACCCUUAGUCCUGUUUCAUCUCCAUGAAGGUGUUGAGGUCCCAGAGUCUCAGGAUGAACAGUUCACAGGACGAGUCCGGUGGGACAAAGACGUCCUCAGAGAUGGACGAAUCAGACUUCACAUGUCCAGACUCAGGAUUAAUGACUCUGGUGUGUACCGGUGUGACGUGCAGACAGGUUAUGGUACGGGCUCUAGGAUAUGUCACCUCAAAGUCACAGCUGCUGAUGAGCCCAAACCUCCGACACCAACAAUGAGCUCACAACCAGAGAGUCGGGGAAGGAUCGGCCUCUACGUUGUACUGACAGCAGCUCUACUGGUUCUCUGUGUUGGACUCUAAUUGGCCUUCCUUCAUAAAUCUACUGGUAAUAGAGGAAACAUCUAUACAGCCGUACAGCCAAUAAGAUCCUCAGAGGAACAACCCAUCACGUCUAACCAAGCGACAACCUCCAGUGCUGAGAUAAGGUCUUGUCUAGAAGGUAACCUCCAAGACCUAUCCUAACCUCAACCAUUAGAGGUCAAUACCUAACCUUAACUCAUCAUCACUGAAUGAAGAGUUCAUCAUUAAGAUUUAGCUGUAAGUUGGUUCAGUUCUCCCUCCAGCUGUUAUCAAUCAUGUGUUUUAUGUCCUCUGUUUACUGAUGGAUAUUGUUACCUUGCACUGAAUAUCCUAAUGUUAACUUUAUAAUAUGUCAAUAUAUAUAAAUGUAGUGAUUCCUUCACUGUGGCCCUUUAGAGUUUUUAAGAUUAAGAAUCUGUAACGUUUAUUUUUUUAAUGUUUUUCAUCACUUGUUCUUAUACUAAAUGUCCUGACUGCAUCACUACAGUAUUGUUCAUUUUAUACAUUUCCCUUAUUUGAAUUCUGUAAUAUUUUUAAGACAUUUAAAUUAAUUUCCAUCAAGCCUUGUGCAUCAGUGUAAAUAUGACAGAUAUUGUAAUUCUAAUAUCUAAUGUCUUUACCAGACAUGUUGUGUAAAUUAUAUUUUUGCUUAUGUUGCAGAUAAAUAUCAGCUAGCAUGGUCUGCUACGUUAGCUUUGACUCUCAGCAUCUAAUAUUCAUGAAUUCAACCGUUAUAUUAAGUUAUUGUUUAAAUGUUACUGAGCUGUACGGUGAGAAGAAGAAGAAGAAAAGAUGAUCUUCACCUUGUUGUUCUGGAUCUUGAGGGUCACCUUUGUGGGCGGCCCAACCUGUCAUCCAUGUGCUCACCUGUUCACUUCUGUUUCCAUGGAAACCAGAUUUGUUUGCCUUUGAAUAAAACAUUUACUAUAUGGUA